AUGACAGCAACAACAACGACAACAACCCACCCUGCAACGCAGCAGCAAGACCCCCCCAAAACAAGCUUCACCGCCCACCUCAUCGCCUCCUUCACAUCCCCCAUAUCCUCUCUCCCCACGCCAACACCAGACCCCCUCUACAAGCCCGCAGAAGUGCCCCGGAUCAAAAAUGCAAAGAGAUUGACGAGCACGCGCACAAAGCAGCUGAUCCGCGCUGCGGAUCGGGGGCAUGAUGAUCCGCCACCGCCGCCGGGUCUGGGCGAGUGCUGUGGGAGUUCGUGUGAUCCGUGCGUGAAUGAUCUGUGGAGAGAGGAAUUGGCGUGUUGGCGGGAGCGUUGGGGGGAGGGUGCUGUGGAGAAGAAGAAAGAGGAGGAGGGCCGGAAGGAUGGGGAGGGUGCAGGUGGGCUUAAGGGGAGAGGGGGGUGUAUGCCUGGGAGUUUUGAUUGGUGA